AUGAACAUUGCCCCAUCAGACAUACGGCGCGUUGCGGUGCUGGGCGCAGGCACGAUGGGGGCGCAGAUUGCAGCGCUAAUUGCGAGUUGCGGCGUGAAGUGCGAUCUGCUGGACUUGAGCGUUGAUAUGGUCGAGGAAGCCCGGCGACGACUUAUGACGAUGCGGCCCCGGGUCGUGGAUGACCACGCUGUGUUGGAGCGUAUUCGGGCGGGGUCUUUUGGGACUGAUCUGCAUCGACUCCGGGAGUCAGACUGGAUUAUCGAGGCGAUCGUAGAGCGGGAACAGCCUAAGCUGGAAUUGUGGAGCGAAGCGGCGCUAUAUGUGCGAGGAGAUGCCGUGCUGAGCACGAACACUUCCGGCAUACCGAUCGCUCAGAUCGCGAGGGCGCUACCCUCGGCGGCUCGAGGACGGUUUCUUGGGACGCACUUCUUCAAUCCGCCGCGCUACUUACAUCUUCUUGAAAUCAUUCCCACCGAUGAGACUGAGCCUAGCGUGGUUGCCGCGGUUAGAAGUUUCGCGGAGGAUGUGCUUGGGAAAGGUGUCGUGGAGGCGCACGAUGUGCCGGGGUUUAUCACGAACCGAAUUGGCUGCUUCUAUUUCCUGUCGGCGAUGAGGGCGGCGGACGAGUACGGCUUGACACCGGACGAGGCCGAUGCAGUGUCGGGUCCGAUGAUGGGGCGGUCGAACAGCGCAACAUUCAGGACGAUAGACAUCGUGGCGUGGAUAUACUGUUGGACAUAUGCGAUAACACACGCGCUGCCGUUGAAUCAGAGGCGGAGCAGAGGGCUUUUGAGCCACCGGAGUAUCUGCGGGAGAUGCGUCGCAGGGAUUGGCUGGGCAACAAGAGCGGGCAGGGCUUCUAUAAGCGUGUGA